UUAAUUUUCUAAUAAAGUCCGCCCUUAUUGAGCCCUAUGAGGGGCAGUUAAUGAUCAAAUGAGUUCUCAAGAUCUUUUGACAAAAAGCCUUAAUAAUGAUCAGGACUAUUCGCACCAUUUCUUAAAUGAUGCUGCCGCCGGAGAUAAUAAUAUUUAUUACAGGGUAUUUUCAAAAAUCAGUUUGAAUAAAUCUGUUAGCAAUGAUGACCAAAAUUUUGGAGACCAUUCAUCAACUUCUACUAAAGAUAGUUUAAAGAAUAAUUCAAAAAUAAAUUCUCAAGAAAAUUUAAGUUUUAAUGAAAUCUGUUUGCAUACCUCAAAAAAUAUUUUUCAAAAGGAUUCAGUCAUUAAUGUUAAUGACAAAUGCGAUUUUAAAAAAGAAAAUGUUUUAGUCAAACAAAGCCAUCGAUUUUUAAAAUGUCCAAAAAAAAAAGACAAAAGAAAAAAAAGAAUAUUGAAAAUCAACUUGACAAAUUGCAAGUAUGAAUGUGUGCGAAGAGCUGCUAAAAAAUUUGGUUUUCAAGAAGUUGAAGAUACUGACGAUUGGACAUUAUUGUGGACAGACUGCUCUGUUAGUUUUGAAAAAGUUUUUAAUAUGAAAAAAUAUCAGAAAAUCAAUCACUUCCCCGGCAUGAGUGAGAUAUGUCGUAAAGAUCUUCUGGCUCGUAACAUGAACAGAUUAUGGAAGCAAUUUCCUAAAGAUUUUGUAAUAUUUCCUAGAACUUGGUGCAUUCCCGCUGACUUUGGUGAUUUUUUAACAUUUUGUCGAGCGAAAAAGAACAAAACAUUUAUUUUUAAACCAGAUAGCGGCUCACAAGGAAAAGGAAUAUACUUAGCAAAAAAUCUAAAGAACUUUAAACCAGAAUCCAAUUUGAUUUGUCAGCAGUACCUCUCAAGACCAUUUUUGAUUGAUGGUUUUAAGUUUGAUCUUCGAAUUUAUGUUGUUGUUACUUCGUGCGAUCCAUUGAGAAUUUUUGUUUAUAAAGACGGGCUUGCAAGGUUUGCAACAGUAAAAUAUGCUUAUCCUGCAAAAAAUAACCUUAACAAUGUUUUUAUGCAUUUAACUAACUAUGCUAUUCAGAAAAAUAGUGUAGGGUAUUGUCGUGACAAUGAAACAGGUAGUAAAAGAAAAUUAUCAACAAUCAACAGAUGGUUUCAAGAGAAUGGGUAUGAUGUUAAAAAGAUUUGGAAAAAUAUUGAUGACAUAAUAAUCAAGACUCUAAUUACUGCCCAUCCUGUUCUUAAACAUAACUAUCUCACAUGUUUUCCUAAUGUUAAAGGAAGUGCUUGUUUUGAAAUUCUUGGAUUUGAUGUUAUAUUAGAUAGAAAUCUCAAACCUUGGAUUUUGGAGGUUAACCAUUCACCUAGUUUUACAACAGACUCAAAGCUUGAUCGUGAAAUAAAAGAUGCUGUUGUUUAUGAUACUUUGGUUCUUGCAAACUUCUCAUUGAAUGAUAAAAGAAAGUGUCUUGAAGAUGAAAGAAAACAGUUACACGAAAGACUUGUAAAAUCAAAAGAUCGUAAAAAGGAUGUAAAAGACAUUGAGGAAAGCAGAGAAAUGGAAGAUUAUUUAAAAAAUUUAACCAAAUACGAAGAUGAGCAUAUUGGUGGUUUUAGGCGUUUGUAUCCAGAAAACAAUGAAGAAGAAUACAGAUUGUUUUUUGAAAAUAGCUGUUCACUAUUUCAACAAACUGCUGCUUCCAAAGCUCGUGCGGAAUGCGCUCGUUUACAGAGGGAAGAAAUUUCAACCAAAAAAAAGUUUAUAAUAAAGAACUCAAAAAGGUUGACCAACUUUUCAGAUUCAAAAAUCGAUCUUGUUAAAAGACGUCUGAGUAGAACAACUGUGUCAGUAAUAAAGAAAACAAAGGGAAGUAUUACUUUAUUAAACUCAUCUGAACCUUGUCCCAUAAAUAAAUACGAUGAACAAGAAAGACUGGGAAAUCUUUUGCGUAGAGAGAACCUUUUAAAAUCGUUUGGGUUACCAAAGACUGUUAAAACUUUGUUGGAAAGUGUAGAACACCUCAAAAGUUUAGGAGGCGUAAAAAAUGCUGUUCAAAAAGAAACUCAAAAACAACUAUCUGAAAAAGAUGUUAUGAAAGUGACGGAAAAUGAUGAUGUCUUAUCAUAUAACCACUGGCCCUCCAAUUACCUAUUACAACGUUCGUUACAUAAAAAUAAAUAUUUACCUUCUGAUAUAAAUAAUUCUUUUGGAAUGUUUUCUAUUUCAAAGUUAUCAAAAAUGACUUCUGAACAGGUUGGUUCCAGCAACUUAAAACACAGUCCCUUUACUAAUCACAACAGCAACUUAAAACACAGUCCCUUAACUAAUCACAACAGUAGCAAUCUUGGUGUUGGCACUAACCGUGAUUUAAACUAUAAAAGUAUUUCCUGCUCUACAAUUACCUUGAGCAAUUUAGAACAAGGUAAGUGUUACCCCAAAAUUGAACAAAGUUAUUCAAAAAGACUUAGUUUUGAAAACAACAGUUUAUGCAAUGGAUUACCAGGUUUGAGAAUCUCGUCUUCGUCUCCGGCUCAAAUCAAAUAUCGUACUAAUACUGUAAUGCAAAACGCAAUUGAUUCUCAACUUCUUAAUCAAUCACCAUACACACAGCGAGUACAAAAUGCGUGUAACAAUAUUAGAAUAAAGCAAAUCCAGUUGUUAAAAAGAAACGCAUCUUCUAGGAUCCUUGAGAGGCGAGUGUCUUCAACAAAUUAGAUUUUUGUUUCAAUUUUAUAUCUUAUCAAAAGUUAAAACAUGAUU